UCCGGAAGAGAGCGCUGGUAACUGGGCGGGCCGCCGGGUAGCCGCAGGUGGAGCCUGGAGCAGUGGCCAAGGAACGGAACCCGAACCCAGAGUCCCCGAAGCCCGGAAUCCCCGAAGCCCUGCACGGGGACCCGCCAGGAUGCCCCGCGGGGACUCGGAGCAGGUGCGCUACUGCGCGCGCUUCUCCUAUCUCUGGCUCAAGUUCUCGCUCAUCAUCUACUCGACGGUGUUCUGGCUGAUCGGGGCCCUGGUGCUGUCUGUGGGGAUCUACGCUGAGGUCGAGCGGCAGAAGUACAAGACCCUGGAGAGUGCCUUCCUGGCGCCCGCCAUCAUCCUCAUUCUCCUGGGGGUCGUCAUGUUCCUGGUCUCCUUCAUCGGCGUGCUGGCCUCCCUGCGGGACAACCUGUACCUUCUCCAGGCGUUCAUGUACAUCCUUGGCAUCUGCCUCAUCAUGGAGCUCAUUGGUGGCGUGGUGGCCUUGAUCUUCCGGAACCAGACCAUUGACUUUCUGAACGACAACAUCCGACGAGGGAUUGAGAACUACUACGACGACCUCGACUUCAAGAACAUCAUGGACUUUGUUCAGAAGCAGUUCAAGUGCUGUGGCGGGGAGGACUACCGAGACUGGAGCAAGAACCAGUACCACGACUGCAGCGCCCCCGGGCCGCUGGCCUGCGGGGUGCCCUACACCUGCUGCUUCAGAAACACGACAGACGUUGUCAACACCAUGUGCGGCUACAAAACCAUCGACAAGGAGCGCCUCAGCGUGCAGGACGUCAUCUACGUGCGGGGCUGCACCAACGCUGUGCUCAUCUGGUUCAUGGAUAACUACACCAUCAUGGCGGGCCUCCUGCUGGGCAUCCUGCUCCCCCAGUUCUUGGGGGUGCUGCUGACGCUUCUGUACAUCACCCGCGUGGAGGACAUCAUCAUGGAGCAUUCUGUCACCGACGGACUUCUGGGCCCGGACGCCAAGCUCAGCGCGGACACAGCAGGCACAGGCUGCUGCUUGUGCUACCCCAAUUAGGGCCGGGGCCUGGACACCAACUCCAGCAGGACCUGGCUGGGUGGCACCUCUCAGUCCACUUUAGGGGCUGGACAGGCUGCACCACGGCCCUGUGCCCGGGUGGAGUGCCCCUGUGGGCGGCAUCUCCACGGCCACACACUCUGGGUUCCGUGCCCACCCUGCCAGGAGAGAGAACGUGGCGUCCCUGCUCUGGGUCUGGGCCAUGAGGGAAAGAGGAACUUGGGGCUCAGCUUGGGGCCCACUUUAUUUCCGGCGGUGCCCUGGGCUUGUGGUCAGUAGGCCCCCCUUCAAGGGCAGUUUUGCUGUGAUUUGUCAGUUUGGGGAGACAGUGGCAGGAGGGGCAGGGGGUAGCCCUCCCACGCCCCAGAUCAGGUCGGGCCAUUUCUCAGCCUCCGUAGGUGCCUUCAGCCCUCUGCAAGGGCAGCUGUUUUGCUGACCUGUUUUCAUGUUCUGUGCAGAGCCGGGCAUUUUCCCGCUUUGGCUCCAAGUCAGUUCAUUAAUCAAACAAUAAAGACAAGAUUUUUUUUUUU